ACUCCAGCUCCCAGAAUGCACUGUUGUCGUUCAUUUCCUCUACAAACAAAAAUGGCGUCGCACCGAGAAGAUACGGUUGCUAGCAAAGCUGCUAUUUCAGAUGAGCAGGCAGAAAGAAAAACAGCGGUGGUGUCAUUUGGUUUCACUAAAACUGUUAAUAAAUUUAAACCGGCCACCGGAGGACCUCCGACUGCUAGCGUUGUAAAAGAUUAUUUGACAGGAAUUGACAGGAAUGAAUUGCAGAGUUCAAAACCAACCGAGAAGCCCAAGGAGCUCAUCAUCCCCCUGAUCCAGAAGAACCGCUGGAGCCGAGCGGGGCAGCGCGGGGAAGGGAACGGGAAGCCGGAGGCAGCGGAGCGGGAUGGGGAUUCUGUGGAGUCUCAGGCUGUGAAAGAGCUGAUCGAAGAUUCACGGAGGCAGCUUGAACUGUGGGAGAAUGGACCUCAGUCAGAGGGGAGCCUCAACCUCUCCAUCCCGCUGCUGAUGCAAAACAAAGUGCCAGACGGUUUUGAGGAAGGAGACCAUGUCAAGGUGGACCUGCGGCCUGAAUCUGUGAGUAAGGGAAAGUGGUAAAGGUACUAUACUUCAACAGGUUAGGAUCGGUCUAUGUCAUAUACAAAACAAAAUCAUUCUUAGAUCUUGAGAUUUUAAUCCGUUUUGAGCUUCUUUCAGAAUGAGYUAUUUUAGGGCCUCUUGUCUCUUUAAAUCUAAUGAAAAUAGCUGUAAACAGAUGCUCGGUUAGACAAUCGUACGUCUUUGAAAAGCAGAAGUAGAACCUCCUGUACAACCA